CACUAAUGAAAUCAACAUUCGCCAAACCAUCACCUGUCUCGUGCUUCCCAAUGCUGUCAUGUCCUCGCUUGUAGGCAGUCACCCACUCUCCGUUAUCAAGAAUGCCCUUAGCCUUCUCGUCCUUCUCGACUACUAUGAUACCUCUAAGCUCCACGACAUCUCGAAGGGCACCACCCUCACCACCACUCUUUACUAUACCACCGGCAAUGCCCUCAACGAUCUCGGCUUCAUCAACAUCACCGACCUCAAGGGCAGCAAAGUCAGUUUCGGCUCUGCUGCAACUGGAUCCAAGCUCGACUCUACCUACACCAAAAGCGUCAAGCAGAUCCCCUACAACAUCUCAAUUCUGGAGAUCGGUGCCCCAAUCAUAGCUCAUGGGAUCCUUACGGCUCCUACUCCCUCCGCCGCUGACGUCAAUGACACUGCCCUGCUCGAGAAGCAUGGCUGCAAACCUUUUGUUUUACUCAUCCAAAGCUCUAGAGUUCUCAAGGUCUACCAAUCAGCGAUGGCUAAGGGUUUGACGGUGUUUGCGCCAUGAGGCGUUCAAAGGCCCUGGCACACCGGAUCUUAGUAAGCUAACGAACGCUGAGGUAGUAACAUUACUGUAGUACC